AUGACGGCCGGAUUGCAGAGCUUUCAGGUAGAGCUGGUACCGAGAACUGAAAAGAUGGCGUCUGACGCCCUGUCCAAGUUGACCAGCUCCAGUAGCAGCAAUAGAAAACAGAGUGUCAUGGUUGAGACGCUGACGAAAAGGAGUGUGGACACCUCCCCAGCAACCGUAAACACCGUCAGUCAGAUCGCGAAAUUGUACGACGACAUCUUAGCGUCCAAACUGAAAGACGCCCUCCCAGAAGAUAAGAUGGCGGCCAAGAAGCUUAAAAGAGACUCGCCUUGUGUGCCACCCCAGAGCAACGGACAGGCAGAGGCCGCCAAUAAACAAAUCCUGAACGCCUUGAAGAAGAAGAUGGAUGAGCUGAAACGCGCCUGGGCAAACAUGGUUUCGGCUGUACUAUGGUCGAACAGAACCACUGAAAAGGAAGCUACCGGCGAAACUCCCUUUAGACUGGCUUUUGGGGCAAGAGCGGUGUUACCGGUGGAAGUAGGUCUUUCUAACUGGCGAAUCCUGAACUAUGACCCAGAGAUAAAUGACAAGCUUCACAAGGAAGAGCUGAACCUCCUACUAGAAGUCAGGCUCGCCACUAAACUCAAGUCGGAAGCAUAUAAAGACUGGAUCAGCAAAGCCUACAGCAAGCGAGUGCGAAGCCGGUCAAUUGUGAAAGGAGAUCUGGUAAUCAAGCGCACAGCAACGACCGGCAAGGAACACAUUGACAAAAAGCUCACGGCCAAUUGGGAAGGACCAUACAUCGUAAAGGAAGAGAUCAUCCCAGGAGCCUAUCGGCUGGAAGACAUGUCCGAAAAACUACUAAAGAACAUUUGGAAUGCUAGCAUUCUGAAGAAGUAUUAUGUCUAG